AUGGAGGACUUGGACCUGCCGUCAGAGCAGAGCAUUUCAAAGUCGGAGAAUAUGUGGCCUGGCUGGCUUGAGACUCUAACCCCGACCAUUCCAGUCGUCGCACCACAUGCGUCUUAUGGGUAUAAUCGACUUCAGAAUGCAGCUGGGAACAUCUCUGUCUCGAGAGUCAGCGACGAGAGAGACAAUGCAUCACGAAUUGGUGACCAGAGCCCAUCAACCAUUCACACUGCAUCAAAUAUGAAUCAAAGUACACAGGUCGAUCCGGUGAACGAUAGCUUAUGGGCACAAGUCAGAUACUUGCUGCCCUCGGAGGAAGAUUCCAACACCGCCAUUGAUCUUGACAGUCUUGACCGGGUUUUGAGUUCCAUGGGAAAGACAUUCUUGCAACAUGAGGGCUCACAGGAUUGCUUGGUCUGCGGCUCGAUGGCGGACUUCUCGCCCGCUGGAGCGAUUCAUAAUGUUGACCUAGUUCGACUCCGGCACGAACUAGAAGACGCAACACAGUCCGAAAAAGAGGCGGUCUUCAAGUAUCACGUGCCACCUCCUGACCCACGCCUGCGCGUCAGAUUUGAUUGGUCGUCUAUCGACAAAGUUGACUUCGUCCUGGAGAAGCAUGAGCGUUGGUCAGCCAUCAGGCUGCAGGAAUUUCGAAAAACGGAGAAGACUGUGCGAGUUGGAGACGGAAUGCCUCCCCUUUACACGUACCCGGAUGUUCCAGAUGUGUUCCAAAAGUCCAAAAUAACGACAGAGUCACUUGCUACCCACAAGUCUCGCUCGUAUUCUCCAGAUCCUAUCAAAUUUGACCAGACCCUCGCAGUGGCUCCGGAGGACGCGCUGAUGGCAGAGCACAGACAACACGCGAAAGAUGUCUGCGUACUCGUCCCAUUUCAAGAUGGCAAACGCGGGCUCGCGCGAGAAGUAACAGAGAGUCUGGAUGUCGAACUGAUCAAGCUUUGGCUCAGCCAGUGUGACAUAGAGCACACACUCUGUUCUCGGCAAAAUGAAGAUUCGUGCCAUCCCGGCUUGAUCCUCAUCGAUGCUGAGAUGAUGUGCCUCGUCACGGUAGCGACGGCUGCUCCGGUCCCCUAUAUAGCCUUGAGCUACGUCUGGGGCUAUGUUGCUCAGCCAGUUUUGACGAAGGCGGUCCUAGGACUGUGGACACUUAAAGGCCAGCUACGAAAUGUACAGAUUCCGCAGACUAUCCGCGACGCAAUUCAGCUGGUUCAGAUGAUCGGAUACCGAUAG